CAGUUUUGGUUUACAAACAAAGCCGAGCCAUGUGACGGCGAGUCGUGUUACACCGCUCGCUAUAAAGGCUGUCUUGUCACCUGCUUGUACACCUCUCUACCUACACUGUCCCGGCAUGACGAAGUGUGUGUUGUAUCUGUUCGUCUGUGUGGCGGUGGCAACUGCCCACAUAUGUAUGAUAAGUCCCCCGCAGAGAGGCUCUAUGCUGGGCAUCAACAAGGCGGGGGCUGAUGACUGCAUGUUGUUGAAAGGACCGUGCGGCGGACGUGCCCCGGGGCCUGCGGUUGCUCUCACUGGAGGCCAAAACUUCACAGUGACCUUUCAAAAAAACCUCGACCACUGGGUUAAGGCGACACCGGGCUACUUCUCCGUCAUGCUGGGCAUGGGGCAGGCGACCAUGAAGGAGCUGGUGAGGAUACCAGACAUGGGGCAGCCAUCCCUUUCCCUCUACUCCAUGAAUGUCACCAUACCGAUGGGCAUGACCGGUAAAGGUUAUUUUAUUCAGACGCAGUAUAUGACCAAAAACCCUAAAGCCCCACCUACAUUCUACCAGUGUGGCGAUGUCAUUCUGAUGUAGGUAUCCCAGCACAAUGAUGGACCAACCAUAUCUACCCAUGGAAUGAAACAACACUACUUCACGCAUAUCUACCCAUGGAAUGAAACAACACUACUUCACUCAUAUCUAUCCAUGGAAUGAAACAACACUACUUCACGCAUAUCUGUCCAUGG